CUCCCUUCUCCUCCCAAAACCUUCUCUUAACUUUCAUUCAUUCUCCUCAUUUUCUCUCUCCUCUUAUUUAUUAACUCUACAUUUUGUCAUUUAACUCAAUGGCACCAAAACAUGAUCACCGCCCUCUCUACCAAGACAACUCAUCGGACACCUCAUCUACCUCUAACGAUGAGGCGUUGGCGACUACAACUACGGUUGAUGAUAAUAAUGAUCAAAUACUAAACAUUAGUAGUAAGAAGAGACAGCGGGAUACGAAGCACCCCGUGUACCGGGGUGUUCGGAGGAGAGCGUGGGGGAAAUGGGUUUCCGAGAUCCGAGAGCCUCGAAAGAAGUCUCGGAUUUGGCUCGGCACCUUCUCUUCUCCGGAGAUGGCGGCACGUGCACAUGACGUGGCCGCUCUCAGUAUUAAAGGUUCCUCUGCGGUCCUUAAUUUCCCUGAUCUCGCCCCUUCCCUUCCCCGCCCUCUCUCCAACUCUCCUCGAGAUGUCCAACACGCUGCGGCUAAAGCUGCCGCACUGGAGUUUAACAUAACUACUUUUACCACCGAGGAAAAUACCAGCACUAGUAGCAGUAGCAGCACUGCUACAGCUCCUGCUGGUGCCACCACCCAGGAGCAUGUAACUAACAGCAGCAACAGUACUGCUACUACUACAACUACAAAUGUGGCACCAGCGUCUCCGUCCACCUCGUCUUCCACAGCAUUGUCGUCAGACUCCGCAGCAAUGUCAGGAGACGAAGAAGAACAGCUACUAGGAGAGAUAGUCGAGCUUCCGAGUUUAGAAGACGAGUCCGGGUUUGACUCGGCCGAAUUCGUGGAUACAACGUGGUUAAUGUAUGAGUACUACGACUCGGAUCCUCUGCUUCAAUGCUGGGUAAAUCAUGGAAAUACAAGUGUUACAGAGGGGUAUUUUGGGGAACAAGGUUUGAGUUAUAAUACCUGUUUUGACUCUCUGUUAUGGCAUCAUUAAAUGCAAAAGCCUUUUUUUUGGUUUUCUUAAAAUAAAAAAAUAAAUAGAUUAUGUAAAUAAUCUAUUUAAAAAAAAAACAAAGAGACAUGUUCUUCCCUCCUCCUUAAAUUCCCUUAAGUGAUGGCAGGCUAUAUAUAAUAUAUAUAUUCAGGGGAAUUAAAUAGACAUACCAUUUUUUUUAGUGUUUUUUCUAAUAAUUUUCCAUUUUAUUUUUAUGUAUAUUUAUAUAAUUUCCCUACCCACCAUUUUUUCUGGGAAUUUUUUUUUAGUGAUUUUGAUUAUCGAUGAGAUUUUUGAUUACGGAGUUUACUA